GCGGCUCCGGUUUAACCGGCCAUCACGGCCUGCUCUUCAGCCGACUAACCAGCCAACCCUUGCAGCGUGAUUUAUGGCACAUUAAAGGGUAUCACGUCGUAAGCGAAAUGCAUGAAAUGGUGGUGGCUGCCAGCAGAUUGUAAAUUAUAAUUGAUUGACUGUUGCUAGUUACUGUGAAGCGAAUCUAACGUGGUGGCAGCUGCUUGUUGUUCUGUCGUCUUAAUAAAAGGUCCCCGUUCCGCGUCUGUUUUUUUUUUUUACUUUUUAUUUUUUGGUCCGUUGCCAAUAAACUGCUUUUCGUACCAGUUCUGGGAGUAACAGCGGGGUUGUUGACCGCCGCUGAGAGAUAGAAGGGUUCCGGUAACUUUGGGAGUUUGCUUGCCCUAUCUGGGUCACUGGGUUGCCUGAUGCUGCUGGAAAGGCCGGAGGCUCUAGUCAGCACAUGUCGGUUUACUUAGUCGAGAUGUUAGACCCGAGAUAAGUUAGUCCUUCCUUUUGCAAUCACAUUUUUUUGCACUCCUUCCAUCGCUGCGUGUAUGUUAUCUAAUAUGUGUGAUAUGUGCUGGAUCGCAGUUGUCAUCGGAGGUCUUGUGGCGAAUUGCAAUUACUGUCCCUAAACCUGUGUUCCUGCGAUGCUGGACGGAGGAGCUUCAUGUCGACCUCGUGUUUACUCAAGCGGCCGCCCUGUUUUUAAUACCCUUGUUUUACGGGCAGUAGUUUCUGUGUCCCAUCUGGACUUCCUGUAAUGGGGGUAGGGCCGCUACGAUUCUCAUGAAUGUGCCUUCGGGGCCGCAGUAGAUUCUCCGUGUUGCAGUAUCUGUAAAAAAGAAUGCAUCGCCUGGCCCCCGCUUUGCCAAAAGACUGAGCCGCUCUGUGGACACCUCCGCCCAAGAUGGAGAGAAAACGGAGAAAGAAAUGAGAGCUUCCAGGCGCCGUUCAACUUGGGCACCAUGCAACUUCAUGCCAAGCAGUUCCCAUCAGACUUCUUAGUGUCUUGAUUUUGGCUAUUUUAUUCUUUUGAUGUGGUGAGGAGCCGUGUCGGUUCUGGGACGUCACUGUACAGAGACAGUAGGAUUUGUAGGGGGCUGGCAGCUGCGGUCAUGACUUCUCCAAGGGCUCUGUGGCUUUUCACCAUGGUGGUCCUCCUGUGGGGGAGGUUGCCCUGGGUUGGGAGCGAGCGGGAGGGCAGGAGCGUGUCCCCGGAGGUACUCCAUUGCCCAAAUUGCUCCCAGCUCACUCUUAAAGUGGAGUUUUCUACCAAAGUGGUGGAUCAUGAGUACAUAGUAGCCUUUAAUGGCUACUUCACGGCACGUGCAAGGAGCCGCUUCAUCAGUAGGGCGCUGCACGACUUGGACGCGCUGGCCUGGAGGAUCGUGCCGCGGGACAAUCCGGCGAGCGACUUCCCCAGCGACUUCGAGGUGGUGCAGAUCCGGCAGGCUCUCCCUCAGGGUCUUCUCACUCUCCAAGACCACCCCUACAUCAAGAGGGUCACGCCCCAGCGUAUGGUCUUCCGCAGCCUGAAGUUUGUGCAAACUCCGGAGCCCGGCACGGCGGCUCCCUGCAAUGACACUCGCUGGACCCAGAAGUGGCAGUCGUCCCGGCCGCUGCGCCGGACCAGCCUGUCGCUAGGCUCGGGAUUCUGGCACGCCACGGGCCGCCACAGCAGUCGGCGCCUCCUGCGGGCCAUCCCCAGACACGUGGCCCAGAUCCUGCAGGCCGACGUGCUCUGGCAGAUGGGCCAUACUGGUUCUGGUGUGAAAGUGGCGGUCUUUGACACCGGGCUCAGCGAGAAACACCCACACUUCAAAAACGUGAAGGAGAGAACCAACUGGACCAACGAGAAGACCCUGGACGAUGGCCUGGGCCACGGCACGUUUGUGGCUGGGGUCAUCGCCAGCAUGCGGGAGUGUCAAGGCUUUGCCCCCGAUUCAGAGCUUCACAUCUUCAGAGUCUUUACCAACAACCAGGUCUCCUACACUUCCUGGUUCCUAGAUGCAUUCAACUACGCCAUCCUGAAGAAGAUCGAUGUGCUGAACCUCAGCAUCGGUGGGCCAGAUUUCAUGGACCACCCCUUUGUUGAUAAGGUCUGGGAACUGACGGCCAACAGGGUGAUUAUGGUUUCUGCUAUUGGGAAUGAUGGACCGCUUUAUGGGACCCUCAACAAUCCUGCUGACCAGAUGGAUGUGAUUGGAGUCGGGGGUAUUGAUUUUGAGGACAACAUCGCCCGUUUUUCGUCUCGGGGCAUGACCACAUGGGAGCUGCCCGGUGGCUAUGGCCGCGUGAAGCCGGACAUCGUGACCUACGGCUCCGGUGUGCGUGGCUCUGGCUUGAAGGAGGGCUGCCGCUCGCUGUCCGGCACCAGCGUGGCCUCCCCCGUGGUGGCUGGGGCGGUCACCCUGCUGGCCAGUACUGUCCCGAAUCGGGAGCUAGUGAACCCAGCCAGCAUGAAGCAGGCCCUCAUCGCUUCAGCUCGCCGCCUCCCCGGGGUCAACAUGUUUGAGCAGGGCCACGGCAAGCUGGACCUUCUCCGUGCCUACCAGAUCCUCAACAGCUACCAGCCGCAGGCCAGCCUCAGUCCCAGUUAUAUCGACUUGACUGAGUGUCCGUACAUGUGGCCCUACUGCUCCCAGCCCAUCUACUACGGGGGCAUGCCUACCAUCGUUAACAUCACCAUCCUGAACGGGAUGGGGGUCACAGGCCGAAUUGUUGACAAGCCUGUCUGGCAGCCUUACCUGCCUCAGAAUGGGGACCAUAUCGACGUGGCCGUCUCCUACUCCCCCGUGCUCUGGCCUUGGGCUGGGUACCUCGCCGUCUCCAUCUCGGUGGCGAAGAAGGCAGCGUCGUGGGAGGGCAUCGCUCAGGGCCACGUAAUGGUGACUGUGGCCUCGCCGGCGGAGAACACUUCAAACGCUGGUGGGGAGCUGACAUCCACCGUUAAGCUGCCCGUGAAGGUGAAAGUCAUACCUACUCCUCCACGCAGCAAGAGGGUUCUGUGGGACCAGUACCACAAUCUGCGCUACCCCCCAGGGUACUUCCCGCGGGACAACCUCCGCAUGAAGAAUGACCCGCUGGACUGGAAUGGAGACCACAUCCAUACAAAUUUCAGGGACAUGUAUCAGCACCUGAGGAGUAAUGGGUAUUUUGUGGAGGUGCUGGGGGCUCCGCUCACCUGCUUCGAUGCCAGUCAGUAUGGAACCCUGCUGCUGGUGGACAGCGAGGAGGAGUAUUUCCCCGAGGAGGUCAGCAAGCUUCGACGCGACAUCGACAACGGACUGUCGCUCGUCAUCUUCAGCGACUGGUAUAACACCUCUGUGAUGAGGAAGGUGAAGUUCUACGAUGAGAACACCAGGCAGUGGUGGAUGCCGGACACGGGGGGCGCGAAUGUGCCAGCCCUCAAUGACCUGAUAUCCAUUUGGGGGAUGGCCUUCAGUGACGGGCUCUAUGAGGGCGACUUCACCAUGGCCGACCAUGAGAUGUACUACGCCUCUGGGUGCAGCAUCGCCCGCUUUCCGGAAGAUGGAAUCGUCAUCGCCAAGACCCUGAAGGACCAAGGACUGGAGGUUUUGAAGCAGGAGACUGCGGUAGUUGACAGUGUUCCCAUAUUGGGUCUAUACCAAACCCCCUCUGAAGGGGGCGGGAGGAUAGCGCUGUAUGGUGAUUCCAACUGCAUAGAUGACAGUCAUAGGCAGAAAGACUGCUUUUGGCUCCUGGAUGCUCUCCUGCAGUUCACUUCCUACAGCAUGACCCCUGCCAGUCUCACCCACUCAAAGAGCCGAGUGGUCCCCCCCGCGUCAGUGUCCGAACGUCCGCUGCCCGAGAGGUUGGAGGGUAAUCACCUGUAUCGGUAUUCGAAGGUGCUGGAGGCUCACCUGAGAGACCCCAAGCCUCGCCCACUGCCCGCCUGUCCCCACCUGUCCUGGGCCAAACCACAGCCGCUGAACGAGUCCGCGCCCAGCAGUAACCUGUGGAAGCAUCAGAAGCUGCUCUCCGUGGACAUGGAUAAGGUGGUGCUGCCCAACAUCCGGCCCUAUCGACCUCAGGUGCGACCCCUCUCCCCCGGAGAGAGUGGGGCCUGGGACAUUCCUGGAGGUAUCAUGCCAGGUCGCUACAACCAGGACGUCGGACAGACCAUCCCGGUGUUUGCCUUCUUGGGUGCCAUGGUGGUGCUGGCCUUCUUCGUGGUCCAGCUGACCAAAGCCAAGAGCAAGCCGAAGAGGAGGAAGCCUCGGGUGAAGCGGCCCCUCUUCCUGCAGCAGCCACACACAGGCAGGACUCCCAGCGUGUGAACUGGGUGCUGUGGGACUCCACCCAGGUGCCUGGGAAAGCCGCCACAAGGGGGCAGCAAGAUGAGUGUGAGAAGGUCGCAGGAGCUCAUUGGGAGAUUAAUGGCCGUCAUGAAAGGAGCGUGACUCGUACGGAAGAAACUUUCAUUCCACUGACCAAAUUGGAGAGUUGGCUUGAAUCCUGAUUCUUCUCUUUUGUAUUUAUUUUUAUUACUAAAUGUUUACUAGACCUUCUGCAGGACUCUUUCUAAAUGGGAAGAGCUUGACAAUUCAAGCCGGACUGAACGCUCUGCCUUUGGAGAUGCACAUUUUGGGAAAUAUUUUUUUUUUCAUUUCUUUUGGUUUUCUUUUUGUAUGUCAGUUAUUUAAUCUGUUCAUCUGUUUUUAUGGGAUGGCCUUUGCCAUGACACUGUACAUAUGUGUCAUUGUUACCGCCGUUACUGGGGAUAGAGGGCUAGCUGCCCUUCUCUCCACCUUUCCAAAUAUACUCAAAUAUGAAGCUGAA